UUGAAGAAAUGGAAAAAAGGGAAAGUUCCUCAGCUAACACGCCGUAAAAAAAGAGUCCAACUUUUUAGCCAGACAGGAGUGAAAAUGACUUCCCUUUCUCUGGGUUUUUCCCCACCAGCUCAGCCGCAGUCUGAGGCUGCGGAGGGAGGCUUCGGCCACGCCGGCCCCCCCCCGGCGCUGAGCAACGGCGCAGGGGCGCCUCCGGCCGUGCGCACCUGCUCCUGCGGCGCCAGCGCCGGCACGGCGGCGGCCGGGUCCAGCGCGGCGGGGGGGCCGGCGGCCACGACGGAGCAGCCCCGCAGGCAGCCGUCCACGCCCGUGUCGCACAGGGUCCAGAGGAAGCUGAGGUCCAGCCUGUCGGUCAACAGCGACAGCAGCCGGCGCAGCAAAGGCAGCUCCACGGGCUCCCAGAAGCCCCCUCUGCCCGAGGACUGCUGCGUUCACUGCAUCUUGGCUUGCCUCUUCUGCGAGUUCCUGACGCUUUGCAACAUGGUGGUGGCCCAGGCCUCGUGCGGCGCCUGCACGUCGGAGGCCUGCUGCUGCUGCUGCUGCACCGACGACCUGGGCGACGACUGCAACUGCCCCUGUGACAUGGACUGUGGCAUCAUGGACGCCUGCUGCGAGUCCUCGGAUUGCUUGGAAAUCUGUAUGGAGUGCUGCGGCAUCUGCUUUCCCACAUAGGGAGGCCUGUGAUGGUGGAACCAAGAGGAAGAGAGGGAAGGAAAACGCCGCUGCCACUUUAAUCCAGCAGAUAGAUGGAGGUGUGUGUCUGUGUGUGUGCGUGUGUGAGUGUUUGCCUGUAAGAGUGAUGGCUGACAUGCGUGUUACUAUAAAUGUGUUUGGACGCUGAGCUUCUCCAUCAAAACCGGCUUAGCUCAGGCUAAAAGUAGUUACAGACCUAUGAACAUGUCAGUAAAAUCUUCAGUGUAUUUCUAGCAUUCUAUCUAUUGCGGAAAAGUAUUAUCACAGACUGCCUUAAUGUUGUUAAUGUUGUCAGGAAUGCUGUCUAGUUCUACUCAUCUUUCCUCUACACAGACCUGUUUGAUGCAUUUCUCUGUUUUAAGUUCAAAUACAGUAUUUUUGAUAGAAACUCUCGGUUGCAGCCAUAGUGGUGUACGACACUGUAAAACGUUUAUGCGACGGUUUGUGCAUUCAUGGUCGCAUAUUUUAGCUUCACAACGCAGACUUCCCUUUAGACGCAUCUACUGUACAACAGUUGAAACUGGUGAAAUUUCAAAGGUUAUUCAGGACAUCACACGAUCUGCUACCUUCUGACGGUAAGGAAAAGGGGGUUGAAGGGACUAAAUGCAUUCAUUCUUCUCCUGUUGAGUGUAAAAAAGAUCAAAAUGUAUUGUUACAAAAAGAAACUGCACAAAAUUGCUGAUAAGCUCAA